AGUUCUGAUUGUUACAAUCGUACAAAAUCGAGUAAUUUUUCUGUCCAAAAAAGAUGGCAAUAGAAAUCAGUGUCUUCAUCGGCAUCACCGUUGCUGGAUGGAUUCUCGUGGGAUGUGGUGGAAAAAAGAAAAAGGCUGGAGCUGUAAAGUCUUCAACAGCCCCAGCACCGGCUCCGAAAGCCGAUAGUAAGAUGAAGGCGCCUGAGGAAAAGGAGAAAUCGAAAAAGAGUGAAAAGAAAGAGGAGCCGAAGAAGGAAGAGGAGAAAAAGGAGAAAUCGAAGAAGAGCGAAGGGAAGAAGAGUGAUAAGAAGGAGGAGAAGAAAGAGGAGAAGAAGGAGGAGAAGGAGGAUAAAAAGGAGGAGAAGAAGGAGGAAAAGAAGGAAGACGAUAAGAAAGAUGAGAAAAAGGAUGAGAAAAAGGAUGAAAAGGAAGAAGAUAAGAAGAGUGAAGAUAAGAAGGAGGAUGAAAAAGAAAAAGAUGACGAUAAGAAGGAAGACAAGAAGGAUGAUAAGAAGAGUGAUAAUAAGGAUGAUAAAGAUGAUGAGAAGAAAGAAGAGAAGAAAGAUGAUAAAGAGGAAAAGAAGGAGGAAAAGAAGGAGGAAAAGAAGGAGGAAAAGAAGGAGGAAAAGAAGGAGGAAAAGAAGGAGGAGGAAAAGAAGGAAGAGAAGAAAGAGGAAAAGAAGGAGGACGAGAAGAAGGUGGAACCGAAGCCUGGAGAGCCGAAACCCCAUAUCAGUAUCGAGCCACCCGGUGAUCUGAUGUUCAAGGCCGAUCAGCAAGAGCAGAAGAAGCUGACACUCACAAACACUCAUGACAAGAAGAUCAUGUUCAAGAUUAAGACAUCGGAUAAUCAGGUUUAUCUCGUGAAUCCAGUGUACGGUACUGUCGAACCAGGAAAAACUGCUGAUCUUACAAUCACUCGAAACAAGGCCCCAGCAAAGGAAGCUAAGCUUGUCAUUGUGAACAGUGUGUUUUCUGGUGAUGAUAAGGAUCUUGCCAAAUCAUUCAAGAUUGGAAAACCGACUGGAGGACAAGUCACUAUCAAAUUGAAUAGCAAAUAAAUAUUUUUUGUAUUGU